UAUAUUUGGCGAGUGAUUUAGUGAUUAGAAUAUAAAACAGUGUGUGGGCACAAUGGUGAUAGGCGGUGAGCAGGUGGAAGGUGGCGAGGCGAUGCCUCCGUCGCCGCAACAGUUCCCUCCACAGAAGGCAACGAUAGAGAACAUCAUGAGCGGGAUAGAGAAUACCGGUGCGGUGAAGAUGAACAAUCAUAGGAAAAAACUUCGCCAGAGAUUUGAUAUAAUAAAAAAGCUCGGCCAAGGAACGUACGGUAAGGUGCAGCUCGGUAUCAACAAGGAAACUGGCCAAGAGGUAGCCAUCAAAACGAUCAAGAAGAGCAAAAUAGAAACGGAAGCUGAUCUCAUUCGGAUACGGCGCGAGGUACAGAUUAUGAGCUCCGUCUACCAUCCCAACAUAAUACACAUUUACGAAGUAUUUGAAAAUCGGGAAAAAAUGAUACUAGUCAUGGAGUUUGCGGCCGGUGGCGAGCUGUACGAUUAUCUGUCCGAGCGUAAAGUGCUAGCGGAGGAGGAAGCCAGGCGCAUUUUUCGCCAAGUGUCUACCGCCAUCUACUACUGUCACAAACACAAAAUUUGCCAUCGCGAUCUGAAGCUCGAAAACAUUCUGCUGGACGAGAAUGGUAAUGCGAAGAUCGCUGACUUUGGUCUGUCGAACGUGUUCGACGAACAGCGUUUGCUGGCUACGUUCUGCGGCUCGCCCCUGUACGCAUCACCCGAAAUCGUCAAAGGCACACCCUACCAAGGUCCUGAGGUUGACUGUUGGUCAUUGGGUGUCCUGCUCUACACACUAGUCUACGGUGCCAUGCCCUUCGAUGGAGCCAACUUCAAGCGGUUGGUGAAACAGAUCAGCCAGGGCGACUACUUUGAGCCGAAGAAACCGUCCCGAGCGUCGCCACUUAUACGCGAGAUGCUGACCGUGUGUCCGUCGCACCGUGCCAAUAUCGAGCAGAUCUGCAACCACUGGUGGGUGAACGAGGGUUACGACGAAUCGUGUCUUGAUCUGGCGGAAGAGCUUGCCAAUCAAACGCCGGUCCGGCUGGAUGUGUUACUAUCGCUUUCUCCACCCUCGGUAAUGGCCGAUCAGCUGGUGGUGGGCAAUGGACAAGAGGACGCCAAAGCCAAGGAUCGCAUUCAGCGAAGCCACUCGAUGGGUUCGAUCGUGGACAUGGGCGGGACGGAGGCGGAGCGUCGUAUUCUUGAUAUGGUGGCGGCCGGUGGUGAGGCAGCUCUGAUGCCUUCACCAACGCGAACUAUCACACCGGCUGAAGCAGCAGCUGGCAGUCCAGCGCAGACGAAGCGCAAACUGGAAACGACCGUUUCGACAGAAAAUGCGACCGGUGCCGUUAAAAAGAAGGACAAAGCGGAUCCACCAUCACCCGCGCAACCUCGUAUACCGGAAGACAUGGAUGUAGAGGAGACGGGUGUUGUGGUGUCAAAAACGCCCGAGGAAGCUCAACAAAACGUGGACGAAGAACCUCCACAACCUACUACUCAGGAAGAAAAACCCACCGACAAACCAUCUUCGAAACCGGUCGAGACAAACAAAUUCGAAGCUCAGGAAGUGUUGGAAGAUUUGCAAAAUCUCGAGAACAUGUGUGAUGAGCUACUCCUGGAAGCUGCCGCCCAACCUCAGGCGCAAUCGAGCGAGAGUAAUAGUACUGCCAGCAAGGGACAAUCGGAAACGGUACCAGCUAACGGAGCUGCUACUGCUGCUGCUUCCCCGGGGACGGAUACAGUCGCCAAACCCGUAUCGAGUGUACGAGCCAAGCUGGAAAAAUUGGAGAAAGGCGAUACGGACGCGAAACCAGUCGUACCGACGACGACCAUACCGGCCGUGCGGAAGAUUUUCGGCAAGAACAAAACUACCGACCUCACGUCCGCCAUCAAUGAGGUAAAUGCGCGAAAGGGUGCUGAUGAGAAUCAACCAGCCGGCACUACACACCGUUCCGCUAGCAGUGUCGAGCGGAAAAACAGUCUACCGGACGAAAGUCUAGCACGGACGGCUGAAAGACGCAAGUCACGCAUCCUCGAGACGGCCGAAAAGUUCCAAAACUUAAACCAGCAGGUAGGAAAUGGUGACAAGUUUAAGAAGUUUGUGUUACCGGGCGGCGGCGUACCGACCGUUGGGAACUACAAGAAAGAGUUUGAACGCAAAACUGGCCUCAACACAUCGUCGACUUUCACUAAAUCGCCAGCUCCACAGACGGCUACGCUAGAGCAAAGAAAGCGUUCCGAACAAUUUGAGGAUCAACAAGAUCGGGAGGAUAGCGCUUCCACACCCGGAACACCGCCAGCAUUUGUUGGUUCGGCAAAGAAUCUGGUAGGCUUCCAGCAGCAACAGCAGCAGUAUGAUGCGCACGUUCGCUCGACAGAAUCUCCACUUACCGCCACCAAGUCGGACGAUGAGGUAAAGGAAAGCGAUUCAAAAAGUUCGGUCGGUAGUUUCUCACUCGAGGAUGCCCGUCGAUCGAUGGAGAACUCGAUUGCGAUGUUAAACCGGGUGAAAACGACUGAUUCGAGCGCACCAACGACGCCAACCUCGAUCGAUCAGCUGUGUGCCCGCACCGAGAGUGUCUCGAUGAUGGAGGACAGCGAACGGGAACGGAAGCUUAAGAAUGCGCGUGAAAUCAUUGGCAACGCGAUACCGAUCGGACGGCUACGGAAACCACCGAUGCCAUUCGGUGCCAACGGACGCUCGACGACCGGUACGCUUGGUAUUAAUAAACCGUACCGGAUGAGUUCGGAAACGCCCGAACCACGCUGUGACACGAUGUCUAUCCCAAGAAAGGUGUCCAUCGGAAGCAUCCCAAGUCCACCGAAGGAUGAAACAAAAACGUCGCAUGCUGAAAUUACACUGAAAUCGGCCACUUUGCCACGGCGGAAACUAUCCAAACCGCUAGAACUUCAAGGAGAUCCUCAGCUGAAGGCGGAUCAGCGCAUGCAACACCCACCACCACCCCAACCUACGUUCGCACCGAUGCGUUUCUCGACGGAAUUUCAACACCAGAUGCCGGAUCUACGCAGUGCUCCGAUCGGACGCGAUCAUCCGCCCGCUUUCGCACCGAUGGCUCACCAACAUCAGCAACAUUUGCACCACCGUGCAAACAGUUUGGAACCGCAAGGUAAAGAACAACAACAGCCGGGAGCGUCCUUUGCCGGUCCACAAAAACCACCCACUUAUCAGCGCACAACUGCUGGGUACGGCCAAUCACCGGUUGCUUCUGGUAGAGGAUCCCUAUCGCGCCAAUCAACGAACGAAUCGAACGAUUCGGACAACACCAUCUCGCAGGGUCCGAUAUCGACAAACGCUUCCGGUAUGAUGUCCGGUACGGUAAGCACCAGCGGUAGCACUACGAUGCCGAUCAAGAAGAGCCCACGGGAGUACAUCAUACCGAUCGCGGUCGAGGGCGGUGGUAUUGUGACGCCACGCGCCAACAGUUUGGAACCGUCCGAAUCGAAUGCGUCGUCCAGCGUGUCCGGUGCUGCCGGUGGGUUCGGUAUGAAACCACGCCUUGGCAGGCCACGUCGUCUAGGCUCGCUGCUGGCAGAGAAUGAUACUGAAGCGGGUGACAUUACAUCCUUCCCACGACUGAACAGGCAUACCUCGCUGGGCCGUGAGAGCGAUUCCGAGGAACCGAAAUUCCACAUGAUGCAUCGUCUCAGGAGUACGCGACCAUCGAAACGAGGCACGGCUGACCCGAACGAAUCGGCCAGCUCCGGCGAAGAGGACGAUGACGAUGGUUUCGAAAUACUGACGGCGGAAAAUCUAUUCUCCACGCUUUUGUCGCGGGUCCGUGCACUCACCAACCGUCUUAACGUGAACGACGUCAACUCGUCCCGGUUCCCGGCGUCGCGUUUCAUGAACAAUCUGCGCCAAACACAGACACCCUUCUGGCAUCAUCAAGAUCCCUUCGGAAGGAACCUGACCGAUGGUGGCAAUGCUGCUAAUGCCUGGCGUCACAGCAUGUCGCGAGACUUGAGCACGGACAUCGAUUCAAUGUUUUCGCGUAGCGGAGCCACACUUCCAAGAGGCGCUAGACUCAGAACACAAAGUAAUCAUGUAACGAAUAGUAAUAACAACAACAGCAACCAAAACCAAACCUACCAUCAUCUUCAUCAUCAGCAACCGCCACCAGUGCCACCAAACAGCAGCAGCAACAGCAUUCGUAGUAGUUAUAACAAUAGAUAUAGCUAUCAUCAUCAACCCGCCUCUAACCUUGCCCCCAACUCCACCACCACCUCCUCCUUCUACAAGGAUCUGGCAUCCUUGGCCGCGUACGGCAAUGGCGUUGGUAGCAGUGACAGUAGGGACUCUCCGGUAACCUCCAGCGCCCUUAGUAGUGGUGUCGGUGGUGGUAGUAAUGAUGACGAAAGCAGCAUAUCUAGCACUGUCAGCACCGGGAACGGGAAUGGCUACCGGCAUCAACUACCGGCCGGAGAGCCCGACCUGACGGCAGCUGAUGGUGGCUCUAUGGAGGAGAAUCUGGAUCUGCGUGAUCUCGAUCUGUCACAGUUACGGUUGUCAAAGCGUGAUCUCGAGACGCUGUCUAGCAUUACGCCUGCUCUUUCCCAGCGGGUACAGGAGCAACUGUUGGCACAGCUACCACCACAACAGGCUCGCAAACUUUCCCGUACCCUAUCGAUGCAGAACGGAGGUGCUGGAACAUCCCAAUCAGGAUCCACCGCUAAUCAGCGACUGUACCGUCGAAGCUACAGCAACAGCUCCGGCAAUCGAUCACUGGACUCAACGGCUGAGUACGGUACGGCGGGAUCUGGAUUCGGCACAACCGAGCUGCGUCGCCGUGGUGGAAGUCAACCGCGGGACAUUCUCUCACCCCCACCAGCCUACCAAACGCCUGCCCCACUGUACGAAAAGUAUGCACCGUACGGUACGAGCAUUCCAACAGCGGUCCACGCCAGUGCUGGCGAUUCUUCCGGUAUGUCUGCGUUUGUGCGCGAGUACGACAACACGCGGAAGCCGCUAUCAUCACCACACACCACACUUAUCAUGCCGGGUACACGUACUACAACACCAUUACGUUACACCAGCAGUCCGGUGGCGGGCAGUAAUGAACCGGCACCUACCAAACGGUUGUCCCGCUUCCUUCGACCAGACUUUUUCGACCCUCCGAAAGAGAUGAUCGCGAGUGAACGAGAUACAGCAGCAUCAUCAACUUCGGACCGUAACUCUCCAUACUCGUCCGGAGGGGUAACGUUACGGGAGGGUGCAACGGAUAGGCUGCAGAGGCGAGAAAAGCUUGCCAACGAUACGAUUACCGAUCGGUUGAGCUAUUUUCUGGACAAGUACGGCAAACCGGACGAUGAGACGGUAGCACCGAUAAUUGGCGAUCGUACGAGACGUAGCGUUUCCCGAUCGCGUGAUCUGGAUGACGACGGUGCGAAGCAACCGGAACAACAACAACAACAACAGUAUCGAACACCGGCCGAGACUCUGUCGAUAUUACAGGAACAGCUGCAAGACCUUACCAACAUAACAUCACUGGCUGCAGGGAAUCAGAUGUCGAAACUAUUGCGAGGGAACGAUGAUGCCAUGGUACCACCGGCGUCGACUGAAUGCCAACUGCCUGGAUGUACUGAGUGUGAAGGAAAGCAGGAAGAUAAUGCCAUACAGGCAACUAACGGUGGUAACACUGGGGAAGCUAAAGACGCUACAGCACCGGUUAAAAAAAUCGUCAAGGUUAAAAAGGUAAAGAUAGUGAAGAAGGCAGUGACAGGUGGACAGGAGAGUGUCGUUGUAGAGAAAUCGGCGGGAGAUGAUACUGUCGAAACAACACCGCCCACAGUUACGGUGGUGAAGAAAGUUAAGAAAGUUGAUCCAAAUCCAGCAGAUGCUAAGGAUGGUUCAAGUACGCUCGUGCCAGUAACUGUCAAAAAAGAAUCCAAACUAAUGCGCCCCAAAUCGUACCCUUACAAAGAGACUGUACAAGAUGGCGCCAAGUUAUCCGUAGCGGGUGAGAUAGAGCUGGAAAGUAGCGCGAAACCUGCGACUACCAUAACUCCAAAAGAACAACCACCUACGGAGGUGCAAACGAAUGGUUCAUCCACAGUAGUUGCUGCCAAUGGUGUUGGUUCUAGUACGGUUAGUAAAAUAGCACGUCCAAAGAGUUUCCCAUCAUCGAAGUUAACGCCACCGAAAGAACUGAAGCUGCUAAAAUCACCUGUUAGUGAGGCAGAAUCUUUGGAUUCUGGUGUAAAAGUCGAACCUACCACCAGCUCCGUAACACCUACAACUCCGGUGGUAGAAUUGACCGCAAAUGGAGCUGCGACCACCACCACAAAUCCACCGAAGAAGGUAAAAAAAGUCAUACGAAUCGUGAAGAAGGUUACCAAAACAACAGACUCUACGGGUAAGGUUGUUGUUACCACCACUACUAUGCCCGUGGAUGGUGGAAGUCAGGCUUCCAAAAGUUCCAAAGAAUCGACGACCAAAACGGUCACCAUUAAGGAGGAGCCUAGUGUGCAGAGUACGCCAUCAUCCGAAAAACAAACCGCCCCUAAGGAGAAAUCUAAAUCACCCGAAAAGAAACCGAAGCAAGGCUUCCUGGCAAGUAUCGGGCAGAGGUUCGAAAAGUUCCGGGACACUAGCCGCAGCAGCAAAGAAAAGAAAGCAGCGGCUGCAGCAGCAGCAGUUACAGUAGCUAACGCAACUACAAUAUCGGUCACAUCCAACGAAUCCUUGCCUGAUACGGCAGUGCCGGCGAUGGUGCCCGGAUCAGGCCAGAUAGUUGAUGGAGUAACACCGGAUGUGCUGAAACCUUCGGAACCCAUCAGCCAAAAGAAGGAUAAAAAGAAGAGCAUUAAACCGAUCACCAAGGUAAGCCAGUCCCAGCCCAGCGAUGCCGACGUGGGAUCAACGGAUGAACCGAUCGCCAAGACAAAGACUACGGGAACUGCGGCGACGGGACGCAAAUCACGUAUCGACACGGUAAUUAAGAACCUACGCGAACUGUCCGCCGGUCCAAAGCUUCCCGAGUUGACCGAAUCGAAGCUGAUCAAGCGUGCCGUUAGUGUGGAGGAGAUGCCGGGCACGUUCAAUCGCUGCAGCGUCACGAAGGUACUGGGACUUUUCAAAAAAAUUGAAAAAGAUUCACGCAAUAACGUUCACCAUCGUCUUCUUAAUACCAAGUCAUCUAGCCACAUCAUGAUGAGCGGCCGGUCGGUGGACGAAAGCAUCUUGGCUCCGAUGCCCGAUCUAAUGCAACCCGUACCGGUUGAGUCGGGCCGCAUGCGGAACGGCGACUCGCUGCUACCAGGUCCAACACAGCAGCUUCGCCAAAAGAUGUAUUAUGGUGGGGCCAGAAGUGACACCGUUCUGCCGAUGGACAGUUUGCUGUCGAACGGUGUGGACAGUGGUGAUUACGAGCAGCGUAAGUUAAAGGUGGCUUCGGGUGUGUGCCAGUCGCAGAUACCGGUCAAGUAUGGCUGUCCCGGUUGUGACACUGGUUGUAGCACCGCCACCGGCAGCAGUCACACCACCGGCCCGAUCGGCAGCAGCAAUGGUGGCAUCAAUGGAGUACACGUCGGAAGUCAUGGUCAGCAAACUACCACCGAGACGGGUAGUGGCUCCAAUGGUAUAUCACAGCGCCCUCCACCGCAAGACACGGACCGGAGGGGCCGUGCCCGUGCCCUCACAAUUGAUCUGGAGCAGGCCGUUCACUCGGCGACGGAAAAGUUGAAGCGCCUGCAGCAGGCCAACAGUAUCCAUCUCAGUAACAACAUACCAACACCGCCACUACUCCAUCAUCAUAAUAGUAACAACAACAACAACAACAAUUACAUCAGCAACCCUAGCAAAACUAGCUUAAACGCUUGCUCUAAGACCCCCCUCCAAUCCAGUCACUGCAACACUGCCAACGGCACCACAACCCACCACACUAGCAGCACCUCCACUCCGGCGGCACCUGUUGGUGGCAAUAACAACUACAGCUAUCCGCCACCAUUGCCCGGCGAAAUGGCACCACCAGGGACGGCAACGUCGCCGGGCGGAUAUAACAGCAUGGCCAACAACAACAUCAACAACAAUCCUUCCCAUCACUACAGCACACUGACACCGUCGUACGAUAGCAUUACCAACUACUCGUCUGGUUCGCGAAGUAGCCCGUACGACGACAACUCGUCCAGCACGUUCCUCUCGCCGUCGGAGGAACGCGAGCUGUACUUCGACAGCUGGUCGGUGUGCUCGGACGAACUGAUCGGGCCCGGCGGCGGCACGACGGGUACAGGUCGGCCCCUGAACUCUUCCUCCGCAUCGCCGGCGCCCUCGUCGUCUGCGGCAUCCCGGCGCCAUUCCUCGGUGCGUCUACUAACCUCCAACCCACCACUGCACUCUGUCUCCCCAGUAGAUCCGGACGCAGAGAGCGUCAUCGAACGCAUCCGACGCAAGAGUUUCUACACCCGCUUUAACGACACGAAGAAACCGGCCAAACGGGCCUCGGCCAGCAAUUUGGGUACGCUCGGUGGAACCGCAUCCGGCCAUAUGAAGGACGCAACCACCAGCUACGGAUAUUACGGUAAUGCCACGUCCAGUAGUGGUUCGAUACGCGAGAAGUCAUUGUCGCGCGGUGGUUCGACAUCCUACAUCCUGCGCCCGAACAAAGAAUCAUCCUUCAGUGGAGUUGGUAAGUACGACACGUCGGGUUAUGCUACGCUUGGCCGUACCGAGCAACACCAUCGCGGUUAUGCGACGAUGGUGAACCUUACCAAGGCGAACCGUAGCGCUGCACGACUGCGCAACAGUAGCCUGGAUGUAGUGCCCUUGGGAGCAUCCACCACCGACUACCAACAUCACCAACCACCACCACACUACCAUCACCACCACCAUCAUCACCAUCGUCAGGCUCAGCCGACAAUGGGUGGAUCGCUCUCACGUACCGGAUCACGUCUCCUAUCCACCGACGAUGAUCCACUGACCGACGGUUUAAACUACAACAAUCUUAUCAACAACAACACCACCAGCAACCACAAAUAUACACGCAACACCUACUACGAAAGUACUGCCGUCCCGUCGUCAUACGGAACCUACACACCGAGACGUCGUUCCUCGUUCGUCGCUAGCGGUGGCAGCGGCGGCGGCGGCUAUGCCGGAUCAUCUAAUAUCGCUUCAUCCUCUUCAUCGAUUGCGCUAGAUCUACUCAAGGACCACGCUCGGGAUGGCUCGGCAAGUCACGGCAACCUCGCAACGACGGCAUCUUCCUCCUCCUCCAACACCCUGUCUGCGUCGGAUAACUAUGGCCUCGGUAGCAGCAACAGCAGCAGCACAGCAUCACGCACCCUACGUCCGUACGAGACGAGAAGCAGUUCGCUGCUGACUCCAUCGGCACUACGAGAAGCGGGACGUUACAGCGGCCGUUACGAUAGUGGCACACUAACCAACAAAGCACUGCAACUAAUCAAAAGCCGACUCUAUUCCCUCUUGCUCCGGGUUUCAACCACCAUCGGCGGUUCCCCGGAUACUGCCCGUCGCCAUCCAACCAACGCCCGAUGGUGA